AUGAAGCAUAUCAAAUGCGUUGUUGUCGGUGAUGGUGCUGUCGGUAAGACCUGCCUUCUCAUUUCUUUCACUACAAAUGCUUUCCCAGGCGAAUACAUUCCAACAGUUUUCGAUAACUACUCCGCAAACGUUAUGGCUGAAGGCCAUCCACCAGUUAACCUCCAGCUUUGGGAUACAGCUGGUCAGGAAGAUUACAAGAAGCUCCGUCCACUUUCCUACCCACAAACAGAUGUUUUCCUUCUUUGCUUCUCCUUAGUCUAUCCAGCCUCCCUCGAAAACAUCGAGACAAUGUGGAUCAAGGAAAUCAAGGAGUACUGCCCAGACAAGCCAUACAUCCUUGUCGGCCUUAAGUCCGAUCUUCGUGAUGAGUUCGACCAAAGAGCAGAUGAACUUCGUGCUAAGGGCUUCGAACCAAUCCAGCGUGCUAAGGGCGAAGAAAUGGCUAAGAAAAUUAACGCCUGCUCUUACAUAGAAUGCUCAGCUCUUAAGGCUUACAACCUUACAGAAGUUUUCGACGAAGCUGUUAAGUAUGCUCUCGAUCCUCCUGCACAGCAGAACCAGAAGCAAGAAAAGAGCGAUACCAACUGCUGCGAGCUCAUCUAA